AUGUUGGGACGACAGAUCCUGGAAGCCUUGACCACAGCAUAUGGCAGAAUGAUCUUCUCCUCAGGCUUUAUUCACGGCGACCCACAUCCAGGGAACAUCUUCAUCUUGGAGGGUGGAAAAGUGGCUCUCAUCGACUGCGGCCAGGUAGCUCAACUCUUCCGUGAGCAGCGACUCCUAGUUGCCGAGGCAAUCUUAGCGGCGUCAAUAUACGACGGCAGCCGUGGUAUGGUUGAGCUGCUGGCAAACUGCGUACGCAAAUUCGGUGUGACAUUCUUUGAUGGUCAGGAGGAUGAGGAUGCCUGCGCAGCGAGCGUUGCACUGUAUUUGUUUGGUGAGAAGGAUGUGAUCUUUCCUGGUGGCUACUCCAAAGAGGAGUUCUCCUCCAAGAGCCCACUACGACAGCUGAAGUCAUUUCCAAUGGAGCUGGUGCUUUUGGGAAGAGCUUCUGUUUUGGUCAAGGGAGUGGCAGCUCGGCUUGGUGUAGACUGGAGCGUGGCCAAAAAGUGGGCUCCAUUGGCAAAGGACGCAAUCACAGCCUUGUGCAGUGAGGACGAGUGUCGGUUGCCUGCCUGGGCACUUCAAAGUGCAAUGCAUCGAGAUGAUGCCGGGGCUUCUGAACGCUUGCGCUUUCGAGAUGCUGCCAGAGGAUGUGCUUCUUUGGUUCGCCGCUGGGGCAUUGAGAAAGCCGCAAGCAUGCUAGCAUCGCAAAAAAAGGAGGAGAUGUCCAAAGAGUAG